GAGCCAUGAAAGCAACCACAGCUGCUGCUGAGGUCCUGUGUGACAGGCAGGAUUGAAACUCUGGUAUUGGAUUGGCUGCUGCUCCAGCAGAAGAGGCUGAAUCCAGUCUGUGCACUUUCCAGAAACUUCAGUUGGCUGACCCAUGUGUAUAUGUCGGGGAUUUGGACCAGGACUAAGCAGGUUUUAUCCCACUCAUCUGCCUUAUUCAGGAGCCUGGACUAACAGUCUAGAGACAUGUCUUUCUUUAUUUCGCAGCAUAUAAACCUAGAGGAUAACUUAAUUUGGGAUUUAUUAGGCAUUCAGGAUGAUGGAAAUCUGGAUGUGGCCAAGCCCAGCAUGAGAAGUGAGAAGAGAAGGCAGAGAACAUUCCUGCAAUGGCCAUCCACUGCUCCUGUCUCGGGCCUGGACCUUGCCAAGGCUGGUUUCUUCUUUGUUGGACCAGGAGACAGUGUAAAGUGUUUUUGCUGUGGUGGGAUUCUGAAGAGCUGGGUGCCUGGGGAUUCGCCAAUGUCAGAGCAUCAGCGAUUUUUCCCCAAUUGUGAUUUUGUCCUCGGCAAGAAUGUUGGCAACGUUCCCACCUUCCCACCAAGGCAAGCCUCAGACUGUGUGGAUGGGCAGAUCCUGAGCCAGCUGCAGAGAAUUCCUGAGGAGGCAGAGGAGGAAGAGGAGGAGCGUGGGCUGGCCAGGCAGCCCACAUACCCUGAUAUGGAGUCAGAAGCAAUGAGACAGGCAACGUUCCAUAACUGGCCAUUGAAUGCCAUGGCUCAGCCAGAACAACUGGCCAAAGCAGGCUUCUUCUAUUCAGGCCACCGUGAUAAGGUGACUUGUUACUACUGUGAUGGUGGCCUGAGGAACUGGGAACAAGGGGAUGAUCCCUGGAGAGAACAUGCUAAAUGGUUUCCAAGAUGUGAGUUCUUGCUUCAAGCCAGGGGAAGGGACUACAUCAACAGCAUCCAUGACUUGUAUUUCACUCCCAUGGAAUCCCUGGGAAGUUCAGGACAGCUGGAUGAGCAAGAGUCCACUGUAGCCCAAGAUCAAAUGGGGAAUCAGGACUGGCCUUUUCUGCAGCAGUUCUCCAUAGUACAGAGUGCCCUGCAGAUGGGUUUUGACCAGAGCUUGGUGGAGAGUUUGGUGCAGAGUAAAUAUGUGCUGACAGGGGCCUGUUACACCUCUGUGUCUGACCUGGUCUCUGAUCUGCUCCAAGAGGAAGAGAAUAGAGGACCUGUUAAGAGUGCCCCUGAGACUCCUGCAGUCAGAACGGAAUCCCAGCCUGAGUGCUUAGAAGGAGCAGGAAAUCUGAGCACAGAGGAGCAGCUGCAGCGUUUGCAAGAAGAGCGAACUUGCAAAGUGUGCAUGAACCGCAUGGUUUCCAUUGUCUUUGUCCCCUGUGGUCACUUGGUAGUCUGUACAGAGUGUGCCCCCAACCUGCAGCACUGCCCCAUAUGCAGGGCCCUCAUUCGGGGAAGUGUGAGAACUUUCAUGUCUUAGUCCUGUAGAGAACAGCAAAGAGCACCUGAGAUCUGUUGGUGAUGAGUAGGACCUGAGGCUGGGUUUGUUGAACUGCCCUGCCUCCUCCAUGCUCCACUGGAAGGGGAAUAUGGAGCCUUUUUAUUAUUAGUAGUAAGUAUCAUCCCCACCUUCCUAUGCACUUAAUGCCUAGAAGCAUUUUAUGGUGUGUCUACUCUGUUUCUGCAGGUCUUCUGCUCUCUGCUGAAAUUGUGAGGGUGAUCAGAAAAAUUGGCUUGGAUUCAAUUUCUUAGAACCUGAUUUAGUCUCCACAUCUUACCUCUCUGCUGCUCUUGGAGAGACUGGGAUAAAGUUUCAGUCGCUUUCCCAUUCUCUUCCUGCCCAGCCCUCUGCAAACCUUCAGAAAGGCAAUGCUAGCUUUAGAGCAACUGCAAACCCCUGCUUUCUGGUUCUGUAGAAAGAACAAAUUUUCCAUAGCAACUUCUCCAUCUUCUUUUAGAAAUAGUAAUUUUUCAAGAUAUCGCAGUGAUUGAGGCAGUAUGCCUGAAUAAAGCCUCCUACUAAACUAGUCUAAUUUCAUAAAUUAAAAUUCUCCAGACUUUCAUCUUGGAGAAGAGGGAAAGUCUCAUAUGCUUAAGACCCAAUGGGGAAACCUUUAUUUUAUGUUUUUUAGAAGACCACUUUAGGGGAAAUGUAUGCUUUUGUUUUGCUAUGAACUUAAAUUUUCCUCAGUUUUGUAAUAAAAAGCUAUGAU